ACAUCAAUCCAGUGAUUCAAUAAAUAAGUCAAUAAAUAUAAGGUUUCUAGUUCAUACAAUAGAAUACAUACGUGCUGCUGACUAGUCUCUGGUAAUAUUUGUACCGAAUUAACUUCAGUUUAUGACAGCCACAAACACUACAUUAAUGUGACACUAUAGUGGCAGUAUUGUUUUCAUGGUGUUAUAAUGAGCAUAUGAUGCAUUAGUACUGGUAUUAUGCUAUUGUAAGCCAGGACAAUCAUCCUUGCCAAAACACCUUUAUAUUGUGUAUUUUCUUUAUAGAACGUCUGGUAAAUAAUUCUAUUUUUUCACCUGUAAGCUGAUUUACCAUCUAAAAUAUAGAUUAUAUAAUUGCCCCUAUAAAAAAAAUAUCCAUUAAUCUUGUGAUGUACCAAGGAUACUAAACUGUUUUUCUCUCUUGUGCAAUUGCUUUUUUCUGUGUAAAGAUGUACGUGAUCUGUAGGACAGCAUACGCAUUUCAUUACACUGUCACGACGUAUUCAUAUUUAACACCCCUCUGUUUACAUUGAGCUGUCUCAUCCUGUAAGUGCUGUCUUCUUUUUCUCUGGGCCAGUCCACUUUUUUUAUUGUUGUGUAAAUUAGCCUGAAGAUGAUAUUGAUACACCUGUGUACUGCUUGAGGUGCUGUUACCUGGUAGAGUGAUCCAGGCUACAGCUGAACUACUGCCGCGCUCAGGCUACGCUACCUGAAACUCCAACUAUUAUCUGCAGGCUGUUUAUAGCAGCACAUGUUUUGUGCUGGGCCUAGUUAACAUCAUACCUGCACGGGCAUGCUGAUUGACUAUUUACCUGGUCAUCCAUUUCCAAGGAAACCUGCUGUUUAAGAGCUGUACGAGGUUUUGAUGGUAACUUGAUACUGUAGUCAGUUUAGAUUGAGUCUUAAUGUCAGAACCAGGGAUUACCUGUAGACUGUGUCCUGAACACUGGGCUCACCUUACCAGGCUAGGUCUACACGGGAACUCACUACACUGGGACGGAACAGCACCUGUUUUCAGUCUUACAUGAUUUUUGCAUUCUGGCAUAAAUCACCAACUGACGACUCACAGCUUUACUGCCUUAACAGUGACAAGGCACCACGACGUGAGAAAAACAAAACAACUGAUAUCGAAAGAUGAAGACGUGGAAAUUUACUGCUCCAGACAUGUUGGAAAUCUAUUACCUUAGCUGACCAGUGUUGAUCAAAUAAGGAAAAGUGUCCACGAUGGAUCUCGUGGACGGGGAGACGAGGGAGGUGGUGGGAGAGAGAGGUGUGGAGGACAUGAUCAACCUCAGUGACUUGAAUGAAAGUUCAAUUUUGUGGAAUCUUAAAGUUCGAUAUGACCGAGAACUUAUAUAUACCUACACUGGGAGCAUCCUGGUGGCCGUGAACCCCUACAAGAUGUUCAACAUCUACGGGCUUGAUGUGGUGAAGAAGUAUGAGGGCCAGCCCCUGGGUGUUCUGCCACCGCAUUUAUUUGCAAUUGGAAGCACUGCCUACACCAAAAUGAUGAAGGAUGCAGAGAACCAGGUCAUUGUCAUCAGUGGCGAGAGUGGAGCUGGGAAGACAGAGAGCACAAAGUUAGUGAUGCAGUACCUGGCUGCUGUCAACAAGUCUGGGACCAGUGUGAUCACAGAUCAAAUCUUGGAGGCUAACCCUCUGCUGGAGUCAUUCGGCAAUGCUAAGACCAUCCGCAAUGACAACUCCAGUCGAUUUGGGAAAUAUGUGGAGGUCUUCUUCAAAAAUGGGAGCAUGGUAGGAGCCAAAACUACAGAUUAUCUCUUGGAGAAAUCCAGAAUUGUUGUACAGAGCGAAGAUGAGCGGAAUUACCACAUAUUUUAUGAGAUGUUAGAUGGUAUGAGCAAUGAGGAGAAAUCAAAGUAUGGCUUACAGACAGCACCGAAGUACUUCUACCUGAACCAGGGAGGAGGCUGUACCCUGGAGAGCAGAGAUGACGCUGGCAAUUACUUGGCUGUGAUUGGAGCAAUGGAUGUUCUCAACUUUGACAGAGAUGAAAAAACCACUAUUGUUAAAAUCCUGGCUGCCAUCUUACACUUGGGAAACAUAUAUUUUAAAAAGCAUCAAAGUCGAGACUCAGAUGAUGUUGAAAUCGGCAGUGAUGCAGAGAUCAAGUGGAUUUGCCACCUUCUAGGGCUGCCUGAAGAUUGGCUGAAGCAAGCUCUGACAAACAAAGUCACGGAAGCCCGCCAAGAGAGAGUUCUGUCCCCUUACACCAUUGAUCAGGCCCUUGACAGCAGGGAUGCUAUUGCCAAGGCCUUGUACAGCAGAUUGUUCAGUUGGCUGGUGGAGAGAAUCAACAUAAUAGUCUGCAGAGCUGAGAGAAACAAGUCAACGUCUCUAGCUAUCCUGGAUAUAUUUGGAUUUGAGGACUUCCAUGUGAACAGCUUUGAACAGCUGUGCAUCAACUAUGCCAAUGAGAACCUGCAGUUUUACUUCAACAAGCACAUCUUUAAGCUGGAGCAGCUGGAGUAUGAGAAAGAGCGUAUAGACUGGCAGAGUAUAAACUUUCGGGACAACAAGCCAGUGCUGGACCUGAUUGCCAGUAAACCAUCAGGACUGCUACAUCUGCUGGAUGAUGAGUGCAACUUCCCAAAGGCCACAGAUAUGUCAUUCCUGGAGAAAUGUCACUUUCAUCAUACCAACAACAAACUGUAUGAAAAGCCAAGGAUGCAGGAUCCAGAAUUCAGUGUCAUUCAUUAUGCUGGCAGAGUUAGAUAUGAUGUGCUGAACUUUUUAGAGAAGAAUAAAGACACACUAAAGAGUGAUGUGGUGGAACUUCUGUGUGAGAGUGAAAAUAAGAUGAUAUCUAAGAUGUUUAAGGACAUGAGAGACCGUCUUAUCACUAAGACCCUCAGCAAGACAACAGGGCGCUAUGUUACCAUGAAACCUCGGACCCUGACCGUUGCUGCCAGCUUCAGCGAGUCACUGACUUCUCUCAUUGACACCAUGUCCAAGUGUCACCCCUACUUUGUGCGCUGUAUCAAGCCUAACACCAGCAAGUCACCAAUGGUGCUAGAGAUGUCGGUGGUACUAGAUCAGCUCAGGUACACCGGCAUGUUAGAGACAAUCCGGAUCCGCAAAAUGGGCUUCCCCAUCCGGCUCAAGUUCCAGCAGUUCAUUGACAGGUACCGGUGUUUGAUUAAACCCAACCUGCGGGGACACUCGGGCAGACCUUCUGAUGUGUGUGAUGCAAUCAUAAAGUCCCAGGGUGGGGAUUUCAAACAACAGUACCAGUUAGGAUUGACAAAGGUGUUCAUGAAGGAGUCGUUUGAGCAGCACCUGGACAGCAUGGCUCUCCUGGUGACCAAUGAGGCGGCAGUGAGGAUCCAGAAGGUGACUCGGCGUUACCUUGCCAGGAAGAGGUUCCGAACGCUGCGAAAGUCCGCCCUCAAGAUCCAAGCAGCCACCAGAAUGUGGGAAGCCAAGAAGAAUUACCUGCGCUUGAGGAAGGCAGUGGUGAAGGCUCAGGCUCAGUUUAGGAUGAUCUUGCAGAGGAGGCGCUACAGAAAGAUGAGGGAUCACUGGAAAAGACGACUAGAGGAGGACAAACGCUCCAAACAGAAGUCAAAGAUGAACGUGCCACAGUCAGUUCCUCAGCAGCGUCCAGUUGAGCCAGUAGCCUCUGUAGCUAAUUUGGCCAUACCAGCAGAGUUAGCUUAUACCCUGGACAGACUUGAUGACUGGAAUAUGGUGCACACUGAGCGUCACUUAGUGCAGACUGUAGGAAACAUGGAAGCCAUGGACAUGCAGUACAGGUUACCUGCUGACAUCAACGCCCACACCUUCAGCAAAUACACCAGUGUCUAUUUCAAGGGGAAUGAAUGGGGUGUUAGGAGAGAUGGAAUUUCAACACCAUUCACAGCGGUUCAGACAGAGGACGAUGUCAAAAAUGCCCUGAGCAUAUUUAAACUGAUUCUACGAUUUAUGAAUGAUACAAAUAUGAGUGAAAAGCGAGAGAAAAUCCUUGGGGACUACAUCAUUCAACAGGGUUUACAGCAUGAACAGUUGAGGGAUGAGAUCUACUGCCAGCUGUGUAAUCAGACCUGGAGGAAUGAGACUGUGUCCAGUGCUGAGAGGGGCUGGUUUCUCCUGGCACUCUGUCUUGGCUGCUUUCAGCCUAGUGAAACCCUCUACAAAUACCUCCUCAAGUAUGUCUCUGAUUUUGGUUACAAUGGUUACAAGGCCUUCUGUCAGCACAAGGCAUUACAGAGUGAGGGGAUAGACCCACGACAUCACAGAAUAUAUCCACCCUGUGCUCUAGAGUGGAAGACAGCCCGGAAGAGGGCUAACAUGGCCUUGGAGGCUCGCAUGCCAGAUGGCGAGGUCAUGAUUGGUCACGUGGAGUCUUGGACAACUGGGGAGGAGUUUGUUGCUCACCUCUUAAAACAGCGAGGGCUAAGUGAGAACAGCCGAGGCUGGACUGUAGAGCUGCGAGAGGAGACAGAUUCCUACGAACUGAUGGGCUUUGACUAUGUAUUAGAUCUCAUCAGUGAGAUGGAAAUACCGCCAGGCUUCCCAGCAUUGAAAUCUUUCUUCCUUGUGUCAUCUGAUCGCAGCAAGGACACAACAUCGACACGACGUAAAGUUUUUGAACACACCCCCCACAACCCAGACCUACACAGACGGAUGGAGAUAAUUGGUCGUUUGCCAGAACCUCUGUCGCCUGAGGAGUCGCGUCUCAGCGCCUCACUCCUGAAGAACAUUGGCUUUUCUCAGACAUCCCGCAUGAACCAGAGACCACCUGGGGUGGAUAAAGCUGGACUGGCAGAGGAGAGUAAACUGAACCAGCGCUAUGUCAAACGUGCAGCUCCUGCACCCCCCUCGGGACUGGCCAAUGGUCAUGUGAAUGGGGACCAGUCAGAUGUGGCUGGGGUGGACCUUCCCUCCACGAAGCUCAAUUCGCGCUACAUGAAUGGCUCUCUGCCCAACGGCAACGCCAAGCCUUUAGAAGAAAACCCUGACCUGUCUCAUAGCAAACUGAACCAACGCUACGUAAAGAUGGGUCCCAAGAAGACACCCCAAGGGGUACGGGGCUCGGCGGCUGAUCAGGUGGCUAGACGACGGCGUGAGGAUAAUCAUCAGGAGAUUAGCCGUGCUAUGUCCACGGUCAGCUCUAACACUGACUGGUCAGUCUGGGUGGAGAAUGUGUUUAACAAAGCCCUGGAUACACACAUACCCCUGUCUGAUAGUAAGGACCUGGAGAACAAGAUCAAAGGGGGAGGGAAGGGAAUUCCAACACAGACUGGUGCUAACCCUGUGAUUCCCAACACUGUGGUUCCCAACACUGGACUACCUACAGGAUUUGGGACAGUGCCUCUGACAGUCCCAGUCAAUGUUCCUAUCACACAACCAACAGUCCCUGUCAUGAGCCCAGGUUUGUCCAUUCCAAAUGUUCAACCUCUGGGCAUUCAACAAAUGCUAGCAGACCAGGUGGCUCAGCAAAUGAUGCAACAGCAGGCCCUUAACCAAAUUUUACAGCAACAACAAGCCCAGCAGGCUGCAGUCGCAGCAUAUCAGCAGCAAAACCAGCAACAGGCUGCCGUGGCAGCUGCGUUUCAACAGCAGCAAAGUCAACAGGCAGCGCUACAGGCUGCUCUGCAACAGCAGACUUUGCAGAACCAGCUGCUGCAGCAGUCCUUGCAGCAGGCUAUGCUACGUGAGGCGCAGUUACAGCAGGGAAAGACCGAUACUGUGGUCGUCAACGGAAAUGUCCCCAAACCUGCCCGCAACACUGUCACGCAUAAGGAGCCUGCUGCUAAACCAUCCACCAGUGAGUCUGUACCGCCACCACCACCACCCCCUGUCAACUCGUUGUCACUAGGGAACUCCAGCAUUGAUGAGAGUGACCCAGGGCAUGUGGGCAAGUUGAAGGAUGCCUUUGAGAGAAAGUCUGUGAAGGAGGCUCCAGGUCACUCCAGGUUUGCUAUGAAGCACACUCCCCGGGGCAGGGCUGAGGGACAGGCGAAGCAACUAAACCAAUCCCAGGAGUCCACGGACAGCUUAUAUGAUACAUUUGAGGAGCUAAACAAUGAACCAACACCACCCCCACCCCCUACACAGCCAAAAAGCCCAGAAGUAAAACGUAAACCCUUGAGGGUGAAAAUUCCUCCAGCUGACGAAUCCACAGGAGAAAGGACACGUAUGGUGCAUGCUGAACCUCCUCCGCCACCACCCAAUGUCCUUACCCACCACGAGGCUCACGUCAAGUCCCCACGCAUGCCUGUGGAGACUCCCGCCCCACCACCUCCGCCUCCACCCCCACCCCCAGGCCAGCUGGUUCAUGAAGAGGAGGGGAAUGACUCUGCCAGUGAUCACGAUGAUGACCCUUCAGAAGAGACCAAAGGCAGAGCAAGGACGGUCAGAGUAGGUAAGGUGCGCUGGCCUCCACCGGUGGAGAAACAGGAGAAACCCAGACCUGUUGUGGGGAGGCUGGAAAUUGAUGAACAGAUUGCUCAGUCUAUCCAUGACCGAAUGUCUAAGAGGAAGAAGUGGAAGAAACCCCCUCCAGAUGAGGAGGAUGGGGCUAAGGGUCCCAAAAGAAGCAAGUCUCUGGUAGAUAAUGUAGCCCAUUUUAACACACUGAAACUGUUGGAGAGGAAACUUGGACUUGGGGCGGGAAUUGUCACUAAAGAGGAUGAAGAGGAGCAGACUAAACAGAAAGUGACUGUAGACACCACCUUCCAGGCUGUGUAUGCUAGUGUGAUUACAGAGGCACCACCACCUCCACCUCCCAUCUCCACCAUACCCUCCAAACCCCCACAGGCGCCCCCAGCCCCUCCACCUCCUGCCCCGGUGGAGCAGGCUACACCAGCAGCACCCGUCUAUGUCCCUCCCACACCCCAGCCUAUUACACCAGAAUUUGUACAAAGUGAGGAAGUGCAGACCGAGCCACUCACUCCUGUGCCUAAUGUGGAGCCUGUAAAAUCCCUGCCAGAUGUAGACUAUGGUGCCCUGGAGAAAAUCCUCACCCAGCUCUAUCCUCAGAACAAAGAGACAUUCUACAUGUAUCAGAGAGUACCAUGGAGGCUACAUGUCCGCAAAGAGGUGUUUUUCCCAAAUGAGAGGCUGGAUAACCCGUUGGCACUCCACCUGGUGUUCUGUCAAAUUGUACAAGAUGUCUUCAACAAUGGGUGUAUAAGGAUCAAUAAAGAUGACAGAAUCAAAAUGAGAGGCAUGUUAGAGAGCUAUGGAAUCACCAAGAGCAAUUAUCUAACCAGUAAUAUCAAAGCACAGGUGAAGAAACUGAUCCUGGAUACAGCUAAGGAGUGGCCCACCUACUUCUGCAGGUUCUUCCCUGUGGCUUCUGGUGGUCACUACGCCGAUGUCCAGCUCCUGGGGGUCAGUCACUUGGGGAUAUACCUUAUCCGGCGGGAGAGGAACCUAGUGGAGGAUUACCUCGCUGUCAUGCAGCAUAUCAGGUUUGAAGAUGUGAUCAAUGUGGUGCUGCCAACGGCUAACACAGUCCAGGUGAACUUCAGGGGCAAAUCCAUCGUCUUCUUCACAAACAGGGCAAGUCAUGUCAAACAAGUUAUAGACUCCUUCUGCAUGGAGAGUGAAAAGAACGAGCGUUAUGUGAUUGCCAUCAAGGAUUAUAUCACCCGCGAGUCCACACUGCUCAGUUUUAAGAAAGGAGCCAUUAUAACCCUUGGUGGCAGUGACACAAAGGGAGAGAAUGGCUGGCUAUAUGGCUCUCUAAAUGGCGUGGCUGGCAUGUUCCCCGCAGAGUAUGUGCGCCCUCUGGCUAGACAUGAAGUGGAGACAACAUCUCAUCAAGGACGUUUCCAGCCUCACUUGGCUCAGCCUAUCAUGCAUCAGACCAACAGAGAGGACGUCAUUAACGGUUUCUAUGGUGAUGAUCGCAGUGAUGUGAGCUUUGCCAGCACAGGUGUGCCAGAUGGCAAGUACUCGCUCAUGGAGUUUGCCAUGCUCAACUUCAGAGAUUCUGUCAACAAGUAUCAGAAGGUGCGCAGUGAAGACGGAUCCGUACAUGGCACUGUCAAAAUGAUGGAAGCUAUGAAAUUACAAAGCUUACAGAAUCAUAACCAGGGUCGUGGGAAAGGAGCUUCAGCAGAAUGGACAUGGAAGGAACAAGCUGAUCUUGUUAAAUGGACACGGUCUCCAAUCCAAGCAUCUCUGUUGAAACUUCCCCCAGAGCUCAACAAACUAGCACUGGAUUGUUUCAUUGAGAUCAUGCGGUUUAUGGGAGACUACCCCCUGGAGGACAAUAAAGAGGACAUCACCUGUAUCCAACGUAUAUUAGGGGUGUGUCACAAGUUUACUGAGUUAAGAGAUGAGGUGUAUGUGCAGUUGUGUAAACAAACAACCAACAACAAGAGCAUUCGGCCGAAGAGUUGUGUCAGAGGCUGGAGACUCUUCUCCAUCAUUGCUGCUUUCUUUGACUGUUCAGAAGUUCUCAGGCCCUACUUGUUCAAAUACCUGGAGACUACUGCCAGUGAUACAGCCAGGACAUACAGUGGAGCUGCUUCACAAUGCUUGCAAAACCUGAGAAAGACGUUCAAAUAUGGAGGUAGAAAGAAUGUGCCAACAAAAGAAGAGUUAAGAGCAUUAACUAGUGGGAGGACAAGUCGCCGGCAGAGGUAUUACAUUGCUGGAUCUGGAGGAGGGAUGCUUGCUGUCAAGGCCUGCACAGUGGUACGAGAUGCCAUUGAAGAGAUCUGUUUGCGACUUGACAUCAGUGACUCCACAGAGGUUGAAGAAUAUUCUCUCUUUGUGCGCAUUGCGCCUGAUCGCCAGUUUAACCGACUGAACAGGGACGAGUACCUGAUGGAUGUGAUGUGUGAGUUGUCGCGCUCUCAGAAGGAUUAUGACAUCAUCUUCCAGAGGACAGUGUGGUUCUUCCCGAUAAAGAAAGCAGAGAAUGAACUCUACCUGGAGAUGAUGUUUGCUCAGACUCUUCCAGAUUAUCAAGAUGGCUUCCUGGUGGUGAUGAAGGGGCCACCUGACAGGAACUUUGCUGAGGAGAUUGCGAUACUCGGAGCUCUCCAGUAUAGGGCCACUGACAGUAUGCACUUACCUCUCAUGAAGGAUUUGUCUAACUUGUUACCUGGGAUUGUGCGGAGCUGGAAGGAUAUAUCUGACCAGCAGUGGCUGAACCUGAUCCAUGAGAAGCUGAACAUGGUCAGAAACCAUUCCCCUGUUGCAGCCAGGGCCAGGUUCUUAGAAAUCCUCUCAAGAUGGAUGCUGUUUGGGUCAACCUUCUUCAAUGUGAAGAGUGUACCUCAAGUCUCAGGAGAAUGCUUGCUGGCUGUCAACAAACACGGUGUCAACUUUCUCGACAAAAGCUCGCAUGAGAGUGUGAUGUCAUACUCGUUCAGUGAAAUCCUAUCCACAAGAAGGUACAGGUCUGACUCUGGCACAAACUUUAUGGACAUGAAACUGGGCAAUCUAAUGGUGCAGAAGAUCAUCAGGAUUGAAACUGAUCAGGGUUCCGACAUUUCCAAUUUGAUUGGACAAUAUAUGCAUGUGAUCAACAGAAACCGCCAGUUACUUGAUCGUCUACCCACAUAGUUUGGCUGUGCUUUGGGACAGUCAGAAUUUCCCCUAACCAUCCUAGGGAGCGUGAUAGCUCCAUGCUCCUGGACAAAAUUUCCCUCAGAGAUGGAGGCCUUACUGCUGACACACUAUUGUGAACUGUCAAAUGUCUUCAAACACAGAUAUUUUUUCAAAUAUUGUAAUAUUGUGAAUAGAUGUACAUAUUCUGACAUGGUAAAUGUGUUACCUACCAUGAACAUAAUUGAGUUUGUAGAGAGUGAACUGUGCUUUUGUGAAAAAUCCUAAAUCAAGAAGAGAGAAGGUGUGUUUAGAGUGGACAGUUGUAUAGAUGAAAGUUGAGCCACAACCCAAAGGAUAUUGGUGCUUUUAAUUGAUGUCACAGAUGUACUGUUAAUUAUAUAAACUAAUGUCUGUUCUGAGAAGUGUGAUAUUGAAGAUAUUACUGCAACUUAUUGCAACUUACAUCAAUCAAAAAUUUAUUUCAGUAUGGAAGUUUAUUGUGAAUGUUAAUCUACAUGUAUGGUAUGGAUGAAGAGGUGGUUAUUGAAUGUGUGUGGAUGAGGAUCAGUUGAUACAAAAUAAAUGCAUCCACUGUUCCUGUACGUGUAUAAUGACACCAAUUUAUACACAUAUCUGACCAAAGUAAAUGCCAUGCCUUUGUCACAUUUUCAUUUAUAAAGGAGCUCUUCAGUAUCUUUACAAGCACACAACUGUAUAUUGAAUUUAAUCUUCUGUGAUUAUCAUUUCUGUUAAGGCUGGGUUUACAUGUUUACUUGUUAAAGAAUUUAGUGUCAUUUUAGAUUGUCUUAUUAUAUUGAUGUGAGUUAUUUUUUAAACGGUGUGUUUUAGCCAUGUACAUGUAUUACAAGGUACAAGCCAGAAAAUAAUUCUUGAAAUGUAUAGCAGUACGUGCGUAUGUACGGGAAACUGUGUAGACUCCAUUUACAGUUGGUAAGUUGUCAAGAUAUAGAAUGCCUGCAUGUAGGUACUGCUUUGUUUUUGAUGCAUACCUGUUAAGUACAUGUUUGUAUUCAGUAAAUAAUUUAUCCUUCAUUCAGCUGUACUUUUGACUAUUGGAAGUUAUGAGAAUUGCCUGCUCAGAUUGUCCUCAAUUUCAUAAAAGUAUUUUCAGUUCUAUUCUAUGCAGGAAUUAUAAUCCAGCUUCUGAAAGAACAAUAGCUGUGUAUUACACAUAACACUGUGAAAUGUCUGUAGGUGUAGAUCCAAGAUGAAUUCAGUUGCGUCCAUGUAUUUCUGUGAUUUCAUCAUUAUAGCACUUCUGUUGAGGCCGAUAGAGGUUCGUGAUACAAUAGUAUACCUGUGUACACAUUCAAGUUAGGUUUUGAAAAUGGCUUUGCUGAAAGGCGUGUCGCUGUGCUUUACUUUUGUUUUAUUUUUGUGACUAUGUUUGGAGGUUGUAGCUUAGUAGUGCUGCUUGUGUGAGAGGUAUGAAGUGUUAUGGGAGGUAAACAACUCAUGUACUGUAAACUGCCCUUUGACUGGUGGGGCGGGGGGAGAUGGUGAGAGGCACGACUGUGUUAUUAUCCUGUAAACUGAUGUAUUGACUGAUAUUUAAUGCUGGUCAUAUCAGCUUCCAAAGAAUAUUCUAUCAUCUUAUAUGUAACUUGCCAUUAUCAACUAUUGGAGAUGCCAGUGGUUACAUAUAGGUCAUUUUGAGAUACAUGGCGUACAUGAAGUAAUAAAAUUGAAGUGAUUAUUUGCAUAAUACUGGACAAAUUUACACCUUGUGAAACGAUAGAAAUAGAAUAACUUCAGUAGCAAUGACGUAUAAUAAUAUUUGAAGAUUAUUAAGCUUCUGUACAAAGGUAGAACGUGUGUAAAUAUCUGAAUUGUGAUUACUCUCAUUUUUGUAUAGGAGUUUUAACAUACACUAUAUAUAUACACUUAUACAUAUAAAUAUGUUGAACAUAUCAACUUUACAGACAUACCAUUGCAGUUAUACAUAUCAUCCCAAAUAUUGUUAGAAUAUGACAUGAUAACUUUAUCUCAUGAAAAGAAUAUGCAGUACAAUAUGUUUUCAGAUUGAGCAAAUAUACGAGAACAUUGAUUUAUCCUGUUGUUCUUUUUAUCAAACAGAAUUAAAUGAGUCUUCAUUGCGUUGUCAUUGUGUUCAGGAGUCAGGAAUAUGUUUGUGACAAGUGAUUGUUGCAAAAUUGUUACUGACAGUGGAUUACAUAAGGCUUAAGACUGACAAAGAAACUUAAAUCAGUGAUGUGAAAUGUAUUUGUGCUUCAAAUAUCCUGUAUGGAUACCAGUACUUUAAAUAUACAUAUCUGUAUCUGAUGGUCAAAAGACAAAAUUUCUAUUCAGUAUAUAGCAGCUUUGUAUUAUGAUAAUAUAUGUGGGUUCUGCGGCUGGACAGCUGUUAAUAAAUAUAUAUCCAUGUGCAAUGUUUUAUACAAAUAGUGAUAUACUUUCAAGUAGGCAGAAGACAUCAUGUUAUCAUUCCAGCAAACUUAUUAUUUUUAUACUUACAUAAUAAAUGUGUUGGAAAUA